UUUGGUUGUUCAGGCCUUGAAUGCUCAUCCAUGGAUAACCCACCUCUCCCUCUCUAACACACGCUGGAUCCAUUAGACUCAGAAAGUGAUGGAUCAAACCUCCAUAUGUUUGAGUUAGGGUUUCUGGGUGUUCUUAUACAUGGGCUUCAACCUGCAAGAAAAGAAUAGGUAAAGAGAUGGAGCUGAAACCAGGCCUCAAGUUCAGCUUCUUCAUGUCCUUCUUCCUCAUUGUGCUAGCCAAACCAGUGUUUUCUCAAGAAGGUGGUUAUAGCUCCAACAUUAAUCCCGAGAUUUACGAGAUCGACUAUAGAGGGCCAGAAACGCAUUCUCAUGUACCUCCUUCGUAUCCCUUCAACAACCCUUCCAAUGGAGUUGAUUCCAAGGGUCCAAAACAUUGGGAUUCCAGGGGAAAGAGAAAAAGGAUUCAUGGGUGAAGGUUGAUAGUGAACAAUGGUAGGAGAGUGCUCGUGCUAUGUCCAUGAAAAUAGAUGUUGAAAAAGAAAUAUAUUUAAGGCUUGAAAAAAAUAAAUAUAUUUGAGAGUUGAUGGCAUAUAAUUUGUACCUUGUAGAGUUCAAGGGUGUAUUAUUAACCAAAAUAUAAGGGGUUUUAUUGGGUAAGGUAAUGCGAAAAGGAAGGCCCUGGCUGGCAAUACGAAACUACAGGUGGGCUUCAUGUGAUUUGGUCGCUUUGUUGGCUAACUCUUUGGCUGCCACAUAUAUUAUUAAGAAGUCAUUUUGGCUGCCCA